AUGGAAUCUCUCCCAGACAAAACUUUCUUGGGGACGUCCUAUGCAUUUUCUCGCAAGUUCAAUACUCGCAACCUCGAACAUUACUGGUACCCACUGUGGGCUCAGACACUCUCCGAUCUAGUGGCAAAAGCGCCAAAAUUGAUCGUGGCGCCCCAAUUUCCAAUUUGGUUUGUGGAUAAUCAUGCAUCCCAAGAGUCGCUCGAUGAAGGCGAUGAUCCCAAAGACAUUGUAGAAACGGCCCAGGAAAAGCAGGAUGACUUGGGAACCAUCGAAGUUGAGAGUGGGGCGGUUAACUCCUCUUUCCUAUCCAAGUCGACCGUCCCUGAAAAGGAUGCCAAGGAAGUGGUGGUGGAUUUUGCGAUCAUCCAUCUUACACCACAGAAGGAUGAUGAAGAGUGGAAAAUAGCCGAGGCGAGCGUCGAGCUUCUCGUGGAAGUGAAGAGGUCUGUGAGCCGAGGUGUGGAAGGUGAUAACCUGGAAGCGAAAGUUUUGGAGCAGUUGACGAAAGCCCAGAAUGAUCUGAAAAAACAAGCAGCGCAUCUCUUUCUCAGUGAUGCAAACAAGCAAUCCAUCCAGACCAUUUCCGCCGCAGGUCCGUAUUGGAGCGGGACAAUAAUCAAACGUGCCGACGUUCAAUUCACCAUGCAAGAUCUUUCAGCAGACUACGAGCCCGGCGAAGGACUCAGUGACACGUUGCUGUAUUGGACUAUACCCGUUUGCAUCGGCAGUCCAGAAUCCGAUGCAUGCCUUGACAUCAUUCUCAACGAAUUCAAAGAGUGA